CUACUGCCCAAAAGGCUGGAAGAAUUGCACAGUAAGGACUAACUAGAAAUAGCUGUGGAGUGGCAGAGUCCAAUAAAAAUGCAGGUUGGGGUCGCUUGUCACCGCUCUAUCCCCCACUACGCCUGCCUACUGGAAACAAAAUCGAAAUCGAAAUCAAUCCCUCUUCUCCCGACAACAACAGGGACAAGAGCAGCUCCAAAUUAUGUUAUUGUACGGGUUUCAUUUGAUUCUCGGGGCCGAGCUGCUAGGACUGAAAGAGCAGGAGCAGGAGGAGGAGUUCCGGUGGAGGAAGGAGGAGGAGUUCCGGUGCCAGUCCGGGUUGUGGGCACUCCGGAACAGCCAGGAGGGAAGAUGGUGGCUGAAUUGGUGGGGGCAUUUAAUCAGUUGACUCACCGGAUGACGAUGAUGAAGCCCAGCAACAGCAACAGCAGCAGCAGCAGCAAUGGCAAUAGCAAUUGCAGUAGUAAUCUCUCCACCAGCUCCUCUCGCUUGCUCUUCAAGACUCUCAAGCUUGCAAUUCCUAUUCUCCAGGCCCUCCCUCCUACCCCUCCUGGCCACCGCCCUCCUCUCUCCAAAGCCCUCUCUGUCGCCUUCAUUCUCGCCGAUCUUCAGAUGGAUGCUGAAGUUAUCUCUGCUGGUAUAUUGAGACAAGUUCUAGAGGCAGGUGCCAUGUCCUUCUUUCAAGUCAAGGAUCGCAUUGGUACCAGUACUGCUCAUUUGCUUCACGAGAGCUUACGCCUCAACAACAUUUAUUCGAAAGUCCAAAUCCUAGAUGAUGAUUCUGCUGCUGCUUUAAGGAAAUAUUGUCUCACUUGCUAUGACUCCAGGGCCUUAAUACUUGACCUUGCUCUCAAGCUUGAUUCCAUGCGCCAUCUCAAUUACCUUCCCAGGUACCUGCAGCAAUUAAUUUCUCUCGAGGUCAUGAAGAUACAUGCCCCUUUAGCUCAUGCCUUGUCCACCAACAUUUUGUCUCUGGAGCUGGAAGAUCUUUCCUUCCGCUACUUGUUUCCUUAUUCUUACGUCUAUGUGGACGCAUGGUUGGGGAGCCACCAGACCAGUGGAAGCGAGCAUCUGUUAGACAUCUACCAGGAGCAGCUGCUUCAGUCCCUGAGGUCGGAUCCAAUAUUAACAGAAAUUGUUGAUGAUAUCUCUGUCAAAGCUCGUUCCAAAAGUCGUUAUAGCACCAUGAAGAAGCUUUUGAGAGAUGGACGCAAGCCUGAAGAGGUGUACGACAUCUUAGGACUGAGAGUAAUCUUAAGUCCUUCCCAAGUUAAUUCAUCACAACUUGGAGAAAAGGCAUGCUACAGAACUCAUGAAAUAAUUCGGUCUUUAUGGAAGGAGAUUCCUAGUCGGUCAAGAGACUACAUCACCAGGCCAAAGGCAAAUGGGUACAGGAGCUUGCACAUGGUUGUUGAUAUCAGUGAUAAUGGCAGGCAUAGACCGAUGAUGGAAAUACAGAUACGGACAGCAGAGAUGGACAUGUUGGCAGCUGAUGGUACGGCUUCCCAUGCACUGUACAAGAGUGGCCUUACUGAUCCUGAAGAGGCAAAGCGUCUCAAGGCGAUCAUGAUAGCUGCAGCUGAAUUUGCAGCAAUGCGCCUGCAAGACCUCCCGUCUGCUAAUACUAGGUGUCUUGAGAUUGACCGUAGAGAUCGAGUUUUUUGUCUUCUUGACAAGGAUGGUGAUGGUAAAAUUAGCAUUGAAGAACUUAUGGAAGUAAUGGAAGAGCUAGGUGCUGAAGGAGAAGAUGCUCGGGAGAUGAUGGAACUUCUUGAUUCAAAUAGUGAUGGUUCUUUGAGCUCUGAUGAGUUUGAUUUAUUUCAGAAGCAGGCUGAAUUGAUGCGCAAUUUAGAUGCUAGAGAUGAUCAGUACAAGACCUUGUUAGACGAGAAGCUCCAAAUAUCAGAUAGCAGUGGUGUGAUUCAGGAAGCGAGAUAUCUUUCUUCAAGAAUGCAGUAUGUCAAGGCACCGCCUUAAAGGAUUUUUAUGACUGUCAUUGUUUCCCAGCUGCUUCAGUAUUUGUUGGUUUAUGAGUCAAAGAGAGGGAGAAAAGGAAGAGUGAAGGGAAGUAGGAGCAACAAUUCUACUAGCUUGGUUUUGUGUUCUUCAUUCAAGAUGAGAGUGGUUUGGGGUUAAUUUCUCUGGUUGGAUUUUAUGUAAUACAGACUUCCUUUCUGAUGACAGGUAGUGCUUGGGGUCCAUGCAGAAUGUGUCCCAUGCUUUAAAGUGAUAAAAGAGCAAGGUACUAAAAUUGUGGAAGCUGCUGAAAUAGUCAAUUAAGCUUGAGGUAAUGGUGGUGUCUUCCUGAAUGAAGGCCUCUUGCUGAGAUGCUGCAGAGUUUUUUCCACAUAAAUUGUUUUGAUCA